AUGACAUUUGCUUUAACAAUGAAUGUUAUAGCGGUGAUGUUUACAAUUACAUUCAAUUACACUAUGAAAGAAGUUGUUGAUGAUUUUGGUCAAAUGAUUCGAGAACGUAGAUUUAUCAAGAACAAAUAUUACAAAUCAAUUCUUUUAAAUUGGAAAGAAGUGAUGCAAGUUUCUCCAUCAAAACCACUUUGGCUAGGAUUUCUUCCAACUCCACCAUUUACGUCAUUAGAGAAGUUAAGCAAUUAA